CCUAUCUUAGUUUGCGUGAUUGUUGAUCUAAAGAUGGGAAAUAAGAGGAAAUCGUCCGAACCACCGUCUCUGACUGCGUCACUUCCCCAUGACCUCGUCGUUGACAUCUUAGCUCGUCUAUCGAGAUCCGACUAUCCAGCGCUCUCCCUCGUUUCCAAGCACUUCCGUUCAAUUGUUUCGUCGCGUGAGCUAUACGCAACACGAUCCUUGUUGGGAUGCAUGGAGCACUGUCUCUAUGUUUUCCUCGCCGACGUAGAAUCUAAGUGUAACCGUUGUUAUAUUCUCCGCCAGAAAACCAACGGCAGUCACGGUUUGGUCCUUGUCCCGUCGCUUCCUUCUCUGCCGUAUGGUUCGCGCUUUGUUGCGGUGGGCUCGAGGAUAUACGUCUUUGGUACGGGUAAAGACAGGAAUACGACGCUAAGCAUCGACUGUGGAUCUUACACGGUGCAACCUCUCCCUAGCAUGCAUGUGCCAUUGUCUUAUACAGUCGCUGACGUCAUCGACGGGAGAAUCUACGUGAUUGGACGUCAUGACCAGAGGGACUUGGACAAGAUGAUGGUGUUGGUGUUCAACACAGAAACCCAAACGUGGAAGACUGAUAGUGAGAUGACAACGUCUGAGAUAUACGCACAUGGAAGUGUGGUGAUGGCUGAUAAGAUGUACGCGAAAUAUUCUUGUAAAGGCUUUGUUUACGAGCCAAAGGAAAGGAAAUGGGAGACGGACGAGGUUCUGAACUCUAAGGAGUGGAGGUUUGCGUGCGUCGUUGAUGAUGUAUUGUACUAUUAUGAAUUUUAUAGGGAUAAGUUAAGAGCGUAUGAUAGAAAGCAGAGGUGUUGGCUAGUGGUGAAAGGUUUGGAGGCAUUUUUUCAGACAAGUUUAAUGUGGUCAUACGUACACAGUGUGAGUUACGAUGGGAAACUAGCUUUGUUUUUUCCUUAUGGUGAAGAAAUCUGGUGUGCGGAGAUUUCGCUGGAAAGAUGUCAAGGAGGUGAGAUCUGGGGUAAAGUUGAGUGGUGCGAUUGUCUUCUGACGUCCGAGAGGAGAUUUCGAUAUACCAAAUCUCUAGAAGUUUUUGUGUGAUACCACAACUCUCCUUCUGCUUCAUAUAAACUUGUGCUUUUUUUUAUAACAAUAUUUUGUUUGUCUUCCUGAGCUUUCUUUUCAUUGUUACCAAAUCUCAUCUUGGUGUGAAGAUGCUUAGCCUUCUGUUACCGAUCUAAGAUUGUUUGGGAUAACCAGUAAGUUAGACAUUUGGUUAUGUAUUCUUUUAAUUAGUUUUUUCUAUAUUCUGUUUUUGGUAAUCAAAUUCAGAGAGUGAAUAGAAACCACACCAGGAAUUGUACAUGAAAAGGUAAACAUUGCAAACAAAUGUAGCAGAAUAAGUCAAUGCUUCCUGUGUCUUAUGUACUGAGCCACUGGAAACUGUAGAGCAUUUAUUUUUCGAGUGUGCUUACUCUGCUCAGAUUUGGGAGGCUUUGAUGAAGAGUGUUUUGAGAGACAAGUUUACGUUGAGGUGGGAAGAAAUGAUGAGAAUUAUGAGGGAUACAAAGAGAAGGAAGAUGCAUCUGUUUCUUAUCAAGUACAUGUUUCAAGCGACUGUAUACAUGAUCUGGAGAGAGCGUAACAGAAGAAGACAUGGGGAAACUGAAGCUUUCCAGCAGCCCUCUUGAUAAAGCUUCUUGAUAAGAAUAUGAGAAAUAAGCUCACUCUAGUGCAAAGGAAAGAUGAUAAAGAGAUUGGAGAAGGGAUGCAACACUGGUUUGAUACAAGAUAGAUUUUGAUGAUUUAUUUGAGAUAGGAGGAUAAAGUUUUAAUUUUCAUCAAAGGAAAAGGACACACUUAUUGUAAAAAAAGUUUUUUUUUAAUUAAAUUUAAAAUUCAAUUCAAAAAAAAAAUAUAGAGAAAAAGGAAUAUAUCUUUGCAGUAAACUCAAACAAACUCUCUCUCGGGUGGUAGUCACUAUAAGGAUCAAAGGGGGAAAAGAGUUGAAAGGCUUAGAGCAUGAUUAAUUAUUGAGCAUGAAUAUAAGAAUCACUCUCUUAUUUAAGAGCCGGU